CGGAACCUCUCCAAGGACCCAGCGGGAUGAAGGCGUCGGGGGCCUGGCUGCUGUGCCUGCUGCUGCUGGGCCUGGCCCUGCGGGGGGCUGCAAGCCGAGCCCCCCAGCACUCCAUGGAGAUCCGCACCCCUGACAUCAAUCCUGCCUGGUACACAGGCCGCAGAAUCCGGCCUGUGGGCCGCUUUGGCCGGAGGAGAGCAGCCCUGAGGGAUGGACCGAAGCCUGGCCUCCAGCACCUGCCAGCCUGCUUCCCCCUGGAAGGUGGCGUUGAGCCCUCCCAGGGUGGCUGA